UUAUUUUCCAUUUAAGUUAUCGUGUUAGAUGGAGAUGAAAAGAUGAUGGUGACACGACCAAAAACUUUAUACAAGACACCUCCAACAUCGCGAGGAAAUAGUCCUGGUAGAACACCACCUGCUCCAGCAAAGAACAAAGCUCCAUCUCCUUCUCGAAGGAUCGGUAGGAGUCCGGCAAGAAGCCCUUUGAAGACUCCUCAAGAUGAUAAAAAGGCCAAGUCUCCUCAGACUAUCGUUAAACCUCUAACAAGAACCCCGUCCAAGCGUAGCUUAGGUUCAAGAGGUUCUAGCCCAGCAAAAACACCACAAUCCAGAGGAAGCGAAUAUGGCAGUAUCGAAAGAUUAGAUGAAACUAGUACAAAUCGAAGAAUAUUGUCAACAUUCAAAGAAGGUGAAGAUAAUAUCAAUGUUGUAGUCAGAGUGCGACCACUAAACAAUAGAGAAGCACGAAGUGGGGACGAAACGGUGAUACAAUUCCCAGGAAAUGGACAAAUUUUGUGUGAGAGUGGAAGUGGGCAAAAACCACGACAGUUUUCGUAUAAUGUGGUCUUCGAGCCGGCGGCAACGCAAGAAGAUGUCCUCCAGUUUUCCGGAGUAAAAAGAUUAAUCGAAAUGUCGCUUGAAGGAUUUAGAUGCACGGCCUUUUGCUACGGUCAAACCGGAAGCGGAAAAACGCACACCCUCACUGGACCACCCGGUUUGUUCGGAAAAAAGAUGGCACCUUACAGCGAUCAGCACGGCCUUGUUUUUCGAUCAUUCCUAUACCUGUUCCAAUUGAUCAAGGAGCGACCAGAAAAACACUUCGUACUCAAAGCUAGCUAUCUGGAAAUCUACAAUGAAAAGGUCAUAGAUCUGCUAAACCCUGGAUCCUUGCGAAAGCCUCUGGCCGUGCGUUGGAGCAAAAAGGCGCGCGGUUUUUUCGUCGAGAAUUUGUUCACCGUCGACUGCGAGGAGCUAGAUGACUUGCUCGCAGUUCUCGAGGAAGGCAUGCGGAACAGAUCAAUGGGUAGUCAUCACAUGAACGAGAACUCCAGCCGGAGCCACACUAUUUUAUCCGUCCACAUCACCUCCGAACAACCGGCGGAGAAUGGCGUCUUUAUUUCGCGAUCAGGGAAAAUUAACUUCGUCGAUUUGGCCGGAAGUGAGAUGACGAAGAAGACUAGAAGUGAAGGAAAGACGUUAGAGGAAGCCAACAACAUCAACAAAAGUCUUAUGGUUUUAGGUUAUUGCAUCGCUUCUCUCAGUGAUCGGAAAAGGAAAACCAAUCAUAUUCCGUACAGAGAUUCAAAGUUGACAAAAUUGCUAGCGGAUUCUCUUGCUGGAAAUGGGGUCACACUUAUGAUCGCGUGCAUUUCACCAGCAAGAUUCAAUUUAGCCGAAACUGUGAACACACUACGAUAUGCGGCAAGAGCCAAGAAAAUCAGGACCAAACCGAUUGUUUUGAUGGAUCCACGCGAAGCCUUGAUUCUGAGUUUGAAGCGUGAGGUGGCCGUUCUUCAAUCCGAAAAUGAACAUCUGCGUUCGGCCUUGAACGGGUAUCCUUCGAGCGUGGCCGACCAACAUUCGGUAGAACGUCCAGUGAUCAGAACACCACCAAAGAUAGAUCCUGAAAAGUUGGCUGAGCUUGAAGGACCUCAACUGAUUGAACUGGUCAGACUCUACAUCUCAGAAAAUGAAGCUCUGAGGACGGAAAAUGAGGAACUGUUCACCUCGCGAGAUGCUCUUCUCAGGGACCAAGAGGUGGUGUCAAGGGAGAACGAACGGUUGCUCAAGAAAUUGGAGGAUGUCAAUUCAGAUGAAUCUAGAGCUUGCGUGAGAUCGCCCCUAAUCAACGCCCAAUCCGCGAUCUCUUCAGAUCUGAGCAGAUACACCGGAGAUUUAGAAUCAACUGCUAAUCCAAAUAUUUGGACAAAUCCUAUGGACGAACCACAAAAGGAUUCGUCACAUCUUCCGGAAUCGAUACAGAAAGAGCUAGACAAGAGAAUGAUUGGCGAGAAUAUUUUGGGUAAAGUUGGGAAUCACAGGAGACACAAUUCUUGGGACGGACGGCCGGGAUCGAAUAAUUCCGCAAGGACUAAAAGUUCUGGUUCGGAAGGAGGCAAGGUCACAGGACGGCAAUCGCGAAAGGAAAUCGAAACUAAAAGCAGUAAACCAGUAGAUGACGGCCGUCCGAGGUUUUCCAUUGGCAAUAAAGAGAUAUUCGGCAGUAGCAUUAGCAUCGAUCAAGAUGAUGAUGACCUCUUCGAUAGGAACUAAAAUAGAACAAUGUU